UUUCAGAUAAUUGCCUUUGAUGAGUUAAAGACGGAUUUUAAGAGCCCCAUAGACCAGUGCAACCCUGUUCAUGCGCGGGAACGGCUGAGGAACAUCGAGCGCAUCUGCUUCCUUCUGCGAAAGCUGGUGCUGCCAGAAUACUCCAUCCACAGCCUCUUCUGCGUCAUGUUCCUGUGUGCUCAAGAGUGGCUCACCCUGGGGUUGAAUGUCCCUCUACUUUUCUAUCACUUCUGGCGGUAUUUCCACUGUCCAGCAGAUAGUUCCGAACUAGCCUACGACCCCCCGGUGGUCAUGAACGCAGACACCUUGAGUUACUGUCAGAAGGAGGCCUGGUGUAAGCUGGCCUUCUAUCUCCUCUCCUCUUUCUACUACCUUUACUGCAUGAUCUACUCUUUAGUGAGCUCUUAACUCAGCUUCCAUGCACAUCAUCAGAGACCGAGAUGGGAGAGGCCCGAGGCUGAGCAGUCUGCUUCUACUGGUGACUGGAGGAGGGACCAGAGUGGGGAUGUGUGAGAAAGAGACCAGCAGGCAGUCUGAACAGGACCUGGAAUCAUGCCGCAGCCAGAGGCUGAGCUAACUGUGUGUCUGUUGUUGCUCUGUGUGUCCCAGUCUUUGGCAUUCAAGUCCUACACACAGGUGGUAAAGCUCUUCUGAGCAUCAGGGACGUGGGGGAGUUAGGUGAUGAAACACUAAACCUCUCCUGGGAGAGAAUUGCUGCUGAAUCCACCUCAUCGGGCAGCGCCUUUCAAGUUCUCACUGAGUUCCUGGGCCGUGGGAAUGGAGGCUGGGAAGCUGGAAGGUGCCUGCUAAGGAACGGAAUGACCCAGAAUCGAGGCCAAGUCUGAAGGAGUCAAGAACGUUACUGGUUGCCCUAGACUCUUGUUGCGUUUCUUCCAGGCCCGGCCAUGCCCUUCACCUCAAAUGGGAGAGGCCAGAAGGUGGGAGGGGUUUGCUUUCAGUUGCAACCAGCCUUGAGCUUGGUGGGAUGUCUGAUUUUAUACUCUGCUUUGUGAGGGCCCUGCCUAGUGACUUCACGAGCUGGUUUGGGGGCAGGGUGUUGGUAAUGGCUAAGUCCAAAGUAACAGAGAUGAGCUGCAGAAGGAGGAACAUGAGUAUAGGAAAAAUGAAUUUUUUUAACAUUUGCAACAUGUUCAAGGUGUUAGUUCUUCACCACUGCAAGUUGUAUUCUUCCAUUGCUACCCCAAACCAUCACAGAGUCGUUUAAUACAAACCAAUUGGUCAACACUAAUCAAAGCCACCUUUUCAUAAAGAUCACAAAGCAGUUCCAAAGCCCAGAAAAUCCUAGAGAGUGGCUGCUCUGUACUGUGGGUAUCCGGCAGCCUGGAAGUGAGACAACAUAACUAUAACUUCAUUUAAUGAUGCUGCAUCAUUUUUCCUGUUUAGUUCAAUGGGAGGACAUCAGCUUAUUUAGAAUUUUCCAUUUGGCAUUCUCUCCCUUCUGGAUGUGAGUUGUGCUGGGGGUUGUAAAUAAUGACGAGACUGAGAUUUUUAGAAUGUUUAAACUGGGCACAAUGAUUUUGACCUUAUUCCCCAAACUUCCUUUCUUUUCUGCUGUUUGACAUGCACAGGCUAUUUAUACAUGUACCCAGCUUCCAUCUGAAACCUGUGACUCAGGUUUAUGAAUGGUGUCUGUGUAAUACAUUGUGUGCUAUGUUUAAAAUGCAGCGACAGCUUGAAUGUCUCACAUAA